AUGUCACCCUCUAACCAGAAGACUCACUUUAAAUUACUCCAGAGGUUCAAGCCUGACUACUCGCCGAGCGAGUUCAUUCAAUAUGAAUCUGAGAGAACCGGGAUGAGAGUCGUGGUCAUUGAUCAGAAAGGGCCCAAGGUGACCGGGUAUUUUGUCCUCGCCACAGAGAUCCUGGAUGAUUCAGGAGCCCCUCACACUCUGGAACACCUGUGUUUCAUGGGAUCGCGCAAUUAUAGAUAUAAGGGAUUCUUAGACAAACUCGCUACGCGCGUGUAUUCCAACACAAAUGCCUGGACGGCCACGGAUCACACAGCCUACACGCUGGAUACAGCGGGCUGGGAGGGGUUCUCUCAGAUCUUGCCUGUCUACCUGGAGCAUGUGAUUGCACCUACUCUGACAAAUGAAGGCUGCUACACAGAAGUGCACCACAUAGACGGUUCCGGUAACGAUGCCGGAGUUGUAUACUCGGAGAUGCAAGGAGUGCAAAACAACGCGGCCGAGCUGAUCGACUUGACGGCCCGACGCCUCAUGUACCCGCCUGGCGUAGGCUUCCGUUAUGAGACUGGAGGCAUGAUGGAGCAGCUUCGUGUUCUCACUGCGGACAGAAUUCGCGCGUUUCAUCGUGAGAUGUACCAACCUCGUAACCUGUGUCUGAUUAUCACGGGUGAGGUGGACCAUGAUAACAUGCUGGAAACGCUUGACAAAUUCGAAGACACAAUCCUGGAUGUUAUUCCAAGUCCUGAUUCGCCAUUCAAACGACCAUGGGUAGAUUCCAAGCAAGCUCCUCCGUUGGAGAAGUCGAUUGUGAAGACUGUUGAAUUCCCCGAGGAGGACGAAUCUUUCGGUGAAAUAGAAAUCAGGUUUUUGGGUCCCGAUUGCACUGAUCCUGUACAAACCGGUGCUCUUAACGUCGCACUUUUGUACCUCGCCGGGUCGUCGGCUUCUCUUCUAGAGAACAUACUUGUGGAAAAGGAACAGCUCGCCAGUGCUGUGUACUAUGCUACGGAAGAUCAUCCAAGUGUCGAAAUCCGCUUCACCCUGACCAGUGUUGAAACCGCCAAACUCGCUCAGGUGGAGAAACGAUUCUUCGAAGUCCUUGAUGACGCCAUGAAGAAGAAUCUGGAUAUGAAGUAUCUGAAAGAGUGCAUCGACCGACAAAAGCGGACUUGGAAGUUCUCCACUGAGAACUCUGCUUCUUCUUUGGCGGAGUAUGUCAUCUCCGACUUUCUCUUCGGAAAGAAAGACGGCUCAACGCUGCUGGACGUUGCAACCUUGCAAGAGUACGACGUUUUGGAGAAGUGGAGUGAAGAUGAAUGGCGUAAUUUCAUCAAGAAGUGGCUUUCGGAUGCGCCACAUAUUACCAUACUUGGCGUGCCAUCAAUGAAGAUGUCCGAAACCUUGAAGAAAGAGGAAGAGGCUAGAGUCGCAGCUCAGAAGAAGCGACUCGGACCCGACGGCCUGAAGGAAUUGGCCGACAAACUGGAGAAGGCAAAGGCCGAAAAUGAUAGAGAGAUUCCUAAAGAGAUGCUGGAAAAGUUCAAGAUUCCUGGUACUGAAUCUAUCCAUUUCGUGGAGACAACGACGGCCCGAUCCGGUGCUGCCUUGACAGCCGGACGCGCGGAUAACAAGGUUCAGAAAUUGGUGGAUGCCGAUGGCUCGGAGCUGCCACUAUUCAUCCAUUUUGAACAUAUACCCAGUAGUUUCGUCCAGCUUUCACUUCUUAUCUCGGCUCAGUCGGUGCCAGUCCACCUUCGUCCCCUUCUGUCCGUGUAUACAGAGGCGUUUUUCAACCUACCCGUCCAAAGGGAUGGGAAGACGAUCAGUUUCGAACAAGUUGUGGUUGAAUUGGAAAGGGAUACUGUUGGCUAUUCGAUGGAGGGUGCAAGAAGCCUGGGCAAUUCGGAGAUGUUGCGCAUCUCUUUCCAGGUCGAAAUUGAGAAGUAUAGCAAUGCAAUUGCCUGGCUCGAGGAGCUCUCCUGGAACUCAGUCUUUGAUGUGGAGAGACUGCGCGCGAUCACCAGUCGGCUCCUUGCUGACGUGCCCGACGCCAAGCGUAGUGGUGAUGACAUGCUGGCAGCUGUGCAUGUCAUGGUUCACUACGCGCCUGAAUCCAUCGUGCGGGCGCGGAGCACAUUGGUCAAGGCGCGAUAUCUUAAGCGGAUCAAGCGACAAUUGGCCGAGCAACCCGAGACCGUUGUUGCUCGCAUGGAAGAGAUCAGACAAGCUCUUUUCAAGUUUGAGAACAUGCGAGUUCUGGUCAUCGCAGACAUUGACAAGUUGCCCAAUCCAGUUUCAUCCUGGAAGCCGUAUGCUGAGCGACUCGGUGAUGUGACCUCUCUAAAGCCCGUCACCGUCCGCAGGGUCUUGCUGAGCGAGGCAGGUCGCACCCCUGGUGGAAAGUCGUACGUGGUUCCGAUGCCGACGAUUGACUCGUCCUUUGCCUACGCAACUGCUCGGGGUCUCGACUCGUAUGAUCACCCCAAGCUCCCCGCUCUGCUGGUUGCCAUUGCAUAUAUGAAUGCCGUCGAGGGUCCUCUCUGGGUCGCCGUCCGUGGCAAGGGCUUGGCUUACGGUACGAACUUCGCCUAUAAUAUCGACACCGGCUUUGUGAACUUUGAUGUAUAUCGGUCACCGAAUGCACACAAGGCAUUCGAGUCCAGUAAACAGAUUGUCGAGGACCACCUCUCGGGUGCAAUCCCCUUUGACCCCUUAAUGCUAGAGGGGGCUAUCAGCAGCAUUGUAGUCAGCUUUGCCAACGAGCAAUCGACUAUCGCCAGUGCGGCGCAAGGCAGCUUCAUUCGUCAGGUCAUUCGCAAUCUGCCCAGCGACUACAAGGAAAAGACACUCAAACAGGUACGAGUUACUAGUGUGGACGACGUCAAGGCAGCCUUGCGCGAAAUCAUCCUGCCGUUGUUCGCUCCGGACAAGGCGAACCUUGUUGUCACCUGUGCACCUGUACUCGAAGAGACAAUCAAACAAGGUCUCGAAGCGGCUGGUUUCACUCCUGCAGUGCAGCCACUGAAGGACUUCGAAGAUGACUAUGGAUUGAAAAAUGAUGGCGACGAAGACGAAGAAUCCGACGAAGAAGAUGACGACGACGACGAUGAUGAUGAUGCGUCUGAAUCUGAGGAAGAUGAAGAAGAAUCUGAUGAUAACGAGUGA